UUCAAUCGAUAGGUUACCACACUCAUCGCUGUUCAAACAGCUGAUCACCAAAAUAAUUUCCGCACGUGUAUUUUUUUAAUUGUUUACAUUUUUAAAGAAUUACACCUUAUAAUGGGAAAGCACAAGAAAACGCAGAAGGUGAAGAAACAGCGGAAUGCGCAGCUGAAGCGCCUGAUGAAGCCCACGGACUCCCGCAUUAAGGAACAGAUUCGAGUUAAAAGGAAGAAACCCGAGGAUCCGCACAAGAUUAAGGUGAACCAGGUCACCCAGCAGAGUUCCGCCCUCUUCUUCCAGUACAACACGCAGCUGGGACCCCCCUACCACAUUGUCCUGGAUACGAACUUCAUAAACUUUAGUAUCAAGAAUAAACUGGACAUUGUGCAAGGAAUGAUGGACUGCCUGUACGCCAAGUGCAUACCCUAUAUCUCUGACUGCGUGCGCGCCGAGUUAGAAAAGCUCGGCAACAAGUACAAACUGGCCCUGCGCAUCAUCUCCGAUCCCAGAUUCGAGCGCCUGCCCUGCCUCCACAAGGGCACCUAUGCGGACGACUGCCUGGUAGAACGGGUGCGCCAGCACAAGUGUUACAUCGUGGCCACCAACGACAAGGACCUGAAGAACCGAAUCCGAAAGAUUCCCGGUGUGCCCAUCAUGUACGUGGCAGCUCACAAGUACGCGAUCGAACGGAUGCCGGAGGCCUACGGAGUUAAGGCGUAAUUAAAAGCCUGGACCAACUCGCUUAAUAUUGGACCACCAGGAAAAUAUAGAACAAUCCGUAGUUAAUGAACAGUAUUGCUGUUGAUCAUAAGAAUGGAUACACAUCUCUAAACCCAAAGUAAUAAAGCAAAUUAUAUUUA